AUGCUCCGCGGCCAGACCCUCCCCUGGAGAGCUGCGCUCCAUCAAACACCUCGACCUCUCCUCCGACGGCCAUUUAUUGCUUCACCCAGAUAUAAUGCAACCUUCCGGUCAACAUUAAGUUCGGCCCGUCUUGGUCGCUCUCUUCCCACGUCUUCCCGCGGCUUCUCUGUAAGCUCCAUUCAGCGGAGAGAGAAGCCCCCACCAGAGGACCCCAAAGAUGAAUCGGAAGGAAAGUCAGAGCAAGAGACGAGCCAGGAUGAUCAAGAAACGGAACGAGCUCCCGAAUCCCGCAGGAAAGGACCCGAUUCAGGGAAGAAUAUCCCUUCUGCAGAUCAGGUAGCCCCCGUGCGGAGAAAAGACCGGUCGUCUGAUAAAGAGCGCGGAGUAGAAGAUGGACCAAAGAAGGAGGCCAAUGCAUCAGACGGAAAGGGGAACUCGAAUGACACACCGUUGCCCAUACCACCAAGUGAUGGCCCGGCCGACUCCAAACCUAGCGGCGCAAGCAGUGGCGGUAAUAACGGCAAUGACGAUGGCGGGAAGAAGGGCAAGAAGGCUUCCGGAGAAAAGGCUUUACAAAAACCAGCAGUCCCAGAUGUCUACCCACAGGUGAUGGCAAUUCCUAUCGCGAAGCGUCCACUAUUCCCUGGCUUCUAUAAAGCGAUCACUAUCCGCGACCCGAAUGUCGCCGUUGCGAUCCAAGAUAUGAUGAAACGGGGUCAGCCGUACGUCGGAGCGUUCUUGUUCAAGGAUGACAAUGCCGAUGGCGAUGUGAUUGAGAAAUUGGAUGACGUUUACGAUACAGGAGUCUUCGCUCAGAUCACCGCCGCAUAUCCCCUCCGUGGGGAGGCAAGCGGCGUGACAGCAGUUCUCUACCCCCAUCGCCGUAUCAAGAUCUCAUCGUUAAUUCCCCCCGGAGACAACAAGGAGGCUACACCCCCGCCCGUGCCUACGUCGGAAGACAAGACGACUGAAAAGCGAGGUGAUGUCGUGGCCAGUUUCGAAGAAACCGCUCCCGAGCCUGCCCCCAAAGACCAUUAUGAACCCACAUCUUUCCUCAAGAAGCACUCCGUCAGCCUGGUUAACGUGGAAAAUUUGGUCGAAGAGCCGUUCGAUAAGAAGAAUGCAAUUAUUCGUGCGGUAACGAGUGAGAUUGUUAAUGUAUGCAAGGAGAUCGCGACCUUGAAUCCUUUGUUCCGCGAUCAAAUCUCCGCAUUCUAUACCGAUCAGUUCCCAGGAAACCUCAGCGACGAACCUGCUAAAUUAGCCGAUUUCGCUGCCGCUGUAUCUGCAGGCGAGCUUCAUGAAAUGCAGGAGGUUCUCGAGACGAUGAACAUCGAGGAGCGUCUUCCUAAGGCACUUAUCGUUCUGAAGAAGGAGUUGAUGAACGCUCAGCUACAAUCAAAGAUCACCAAGGAUGUUGAAGCCAAGAUCCAGAAACGCCAGCGCGAAUACUGGCUGAUGGAGCAAAUGAAGGGCAUCAAGAGAGAACUUGGCAUCGAAUCCGACGGAAAAGAUAAGCUUGUCGAGAAGUUCAAGGAGAAGGCCGAAAAGCUUGCCAUGCCUGAGAUUGUCAAGAAGGUCUUCGACGAGGAGCUCAACAAGUUGGCACACCUUGAGCCUGCCGCGUCCGAGUUCAAUGUCACCCGCAACUACCUGGAUUGGCUGACCCAAAUUCCAUGGGGCCAGAAGAGCGUGGAAAACUUUGGCAUCAAGAAUGCGGUGAGUGUCUUGGAUGAAGACCACUACGGAUUGAAGGAUGUCAAGGAUCGUAUCCUUGAGUUCAUCGCCGUCGGCAAGCUCCGUGGAACUGUCGAAGGAAAGAUUUUGUGCCUUGUUGGCCCACCCGGUGUUGGAAAGACUAGUAUUGGCAAGUCCAUAGCUCGCGCGCUGAACAGACAAUACUACCGAUUCUCCGUUGGUGGUUUGACCGACGUCGCAGAGAUCAAGGGCCACCGGCGCACCUACGUGGGUGCCCUGCCUGGACGUAUCAUUCAAGCUCUCAAGAAAUGUCAAACUGAAAAUCCUCUGAUCCUGAUCGACGAGGUUGACAAGAUUGGGCGUGGCCACCAAGGCGAUCCGUCCUCCGCUCUGCUCGAACUUCUUGAUCCUGAACAGAACAGCUCAUUCUUAGAUCACUACAUGGAUGUUCCUGUGGAUCUGUCCAAGGUUCUCUUUGUUUGCACAGCAAAUGUGACCGACACUAUUCCUCGGCCCUUGCUGGAUCGUAUGGAGCUCAUUGAGCUGUCCGGUUAUGUGGCAGAUGAGAAGAUGGCCAUUGCUGAACGAUAUCUGGCUCCCGCCGCCCGGGAGUUGACCGGUCUGAAGGAUGUGGACGUCAAUCUUGAGAAGGAGGCCAUUGAGGAGUUGAUCAAGUCCUACUGCCGUGAGAGCGGUGUCCGCAACCUGAAGAAGCAAAUUGAAAAGGUCUACCGAAAGGCAGCAUUCAAGAUUGUGCAAGACCUUGGCGAGGAUGUGAUGUCCGAAGAAGCGGCACUGACCGAAGAGGGCAAGGCUGCUCAAGAGGAGUCGAAGGAGCAUGAACCAGCUGAUCCGGCGCAAGUUCCCAUUGAGCCAGAAAAGUCGACCACAGAGAUUCCUCGACUCGCGCUCAAGGUUCCUGAAAAUGUGCAUCUCAGCAUCGGCAAGGGAACAUUGAAGGAUUACGUUGGACCUCCUGUCUUUACCGCCGACCGCCUGUACGACCAGUUCCCUCCUGGUGUCACCAUGGGUCUGGCAUGGACUAGCAUGGGCGGAGCGGCUCUCUACGUCGAAUGUAUCUUGGAGAACGCGUUGAAGCAUAACUCGCGUCCGGGUCUCGAGAUCACCGGAAACCUCCAAAACGUUAUGAAGGAGUCUACUCACAUUGCGUACUCAUUCGCCAAGUCUGUUAUGGCCCGACAAUUCCCCGAGAACCUGUUCUUCGAAAAGGCCAAGGUUCACCUGCACUGCCCUGAAGGCGCUGUCCCUAAGGAUGGUCCUUCUGCGGGUAUCACCAUGGCCAGCGCCUUGCUGUCUUUGGCCCUUAACCACUCCCUUGAGCCCACCGUUGCCAUGACCGGUGAACUCACGGUGACUGGCAAGGUCCUGCGCAUUGGAGGUUUGAGGGAGAAGACGGUGGCUGCCCGUCGGGCUGGUGCCACCAAGAUCCUCUUCCCUGCAGAUAACACAUCCGACUGGCUUGAGCUCCCAGAGAACAUCAAGGAGGGUAUUGAAGGCCACCCGGUGAACUGGUACUCGGAAGUCUUUGACCUUCUUUUCCCCAGUCUUGACCAGGAGGCUGCCCGCACCGUCUGGCAAAAAGCCCUGGCUAAGCCCGAGAAGGCUAGCCGCGAUGAUGAAGAGUAG